ACAAGCAAUGACCGGUGGUGAACUUCAGCGUGUAGUUCACAACUUUACAGAGCGACAGCUUAACUCGGACUGCGGGUUUCCCUCAGUCUGCCUCAGUCGGAGGAAACAAGGAAGUGCAUAGCAGUGUGACUUCCAGUAGUUUUCCGCCGGUGAAAGAAAAAGGAGCACAGAUGUUGUCCAUGGAGUUUUCAAAGUAAAGAGCUGCCGCCAGUGUGGGACAUGCUAUCAUUCAGAGCCAGACCUCCUCAGUCCUGACACAGGGAGUUUUACAACCAGGAUCCUGAGUCUACCUCAACACCUGUGGACUUCACUCCCACUGCUCUACCUCUCAGGAGGUGUUUUUCUACCUCCAUACACUCUAUACUGACACGGAUGCACGUAGCUGUUAUCUACUCAGCUCAAAACACCAGCAGACCCUUCACUUUAUCAGCAGGCUUUCAGGUGUCAGUCACAGCACAGUCGACUGGUGUGCAGACAUGUUGCAGAGUAGUUUGUGAUGUCCGAGUCCUGCAGGGGACCAGGACUUGGACUUGGACCAGAAGCAGUGAAAGUGGAAGGACAGGUGGGGCGGGGACUGAGAGACGUUCCUCGAUUUGUGGUUGGCGAUGAAGAUGACGAGCCAGACAUGGGUCAAAUGGAGACAGGCAUGAAGAACGAGAUGUUUCGAGAAGAGGACAUGGAUGAUGAAGAUGAGUCGCCACCAGAGCGACAGAUCGUGGUGGGCAUUUGUGCCAUGAUGAAGAAGUCCAAAUCCAAGCCCAUGACUCAGAUCCUGGAGCGCCUUUGUAAGUUUGACUACAUUAACGUGGUCAUUUUUCCCGAGGAGGUGAUCCUGGAGGAACCUGUGGAGAACUGGCCUCUCUGUGACUGCCUUAUCUCUUUUCACUCAAAAGGUUUCCCUUUGGACAAAGCCGUGGAGUAUGCCAAGCUCAGGAAUCCACUGCUCAUCAAUGACCUCAACAUGCAGUAUUUCAUACAGGACAGGAGGGAAGUGUACCGGAUCCUGCAAGAGGAGGGCAUUGACCUACCUCGUUAUGCUGUGUUGAACCGAGACCCCGACAAUCCUGAAAAGUGUAACCUGGUGGAAGCUGAAGACCAUGUAGAGGUGAACGGGGAAGUUUUCCCAAAACCCUUUGUGGAGAAACCUGUGUGUGCCGAGGACCACAAUGUCUACAUCUAUUACCCAACAUCUGCUGGAGGAGGCAGCCAGAGACUCUUCAGGAAGAUUGGGAGUCGAAGCAGCGUGUAUUCCCCUGAGAGCAGCGUGCGAAAGACUGGAUCUUACAUCUACGAGGAGUUUAUGCCCACAGACGGCACUGAUGUAAAGGUUUACACAGUAGGUCCAGACUAUGCUCAUGCUGAGGCCCGGAAAUCUCCGGCCCUGGAUGGAAAGGUAGAGAGAGACAGUGAGGGGAAGGAGAUUCGUUACCCUGUCAUGCUCACUGCCAUGGAAAAACUGGUGGCCCGCAAAGUCUGCCUGGCCUUUAAGCAAACAGUUUGUGGGUUUGAUCUGCUCAGAGCCAACGGACACUCCUUCGUCUGUGAUGUUAACGGCUUCAGCUUUGUCAAAAACUCCAUGAAGUACUAUGAUGACUGUGCUAAAGUCCUGGGGAACAUGGUGAUGAGGGAGUUAGCCCCUCAGUUUCACAUCCCCUGGUCCAUCCCCAUGGAAGCUGAAGAUAUCCCAAUAGUCCCAACAACCUCAGGAACCAUGAUGGAGCUGCGCUGUGUUAUUGCCAUCAUCCGCCACGGGGACCGCACACCAAAGCAAAAGAUGAAGAUGGAGGUCCGACAUCCUCUGUUCUUUGAGUUGUUUGAGAAGUACGGAGGCUACAAGUCAGGAAAACUAAAGCUGAAGAAGCCAAAACAGCUACAGGAAGUGCUGGAUAUCGCCCGUCUGCUGCUGGUUGAGCUGGGCCAGCACAAUGACUGUGAAAUUGAGGAGAAGAAAUCCAAACUGGAGCAACUAAAGACUGUCCUGGAGAUGUAUGGUCAUUUCUCAGGUAUCAACAGGAAAGUUCAGCUGACCUACCUGCGUAACGGCCAACCUAAAGCCUCCAGUGAAGAAGAAGACUCAAAGAAAGAUGGUCCAUCUCUGCUGCUGGUGUUGAAGUGGGGCGGGGAGCUGACGCCUGCGGGACGGGUUCAGGCUGAGGAGCUGGGCAGGGCCUUUCGCUGCAUGUACCCUGGAGGUCAAGGUGACUAUGCUGGGUUUCCAGGAUGUGGCCUCCUACGCCUGCACAGCACUUACCGCCAUGACCUGAAGAUUUACGCCUCUGACGAAGGAAGGGUGCAGAUGACAGCAGCUGCUUUUGCAAAGGGUCUGCUGGCUCUAGAAGGAGAAUUAACUCCAAUCCUGGUUCAGAUGGUGAAAAGUGCCAACAUGAAUGGGCUGCUGGACAGCGACAGCGACUCUUUGACUGGCUGCCAACAGAAGGUGAAGGCUAUGCUGCAUGAAAUCAUGCAGAAGGAUCAGGAGUUCACUGAGGAGGACUAUCAGAAGUUGGCUCCCACUGGCAGCCCAUCGCUGGUGAACUCAAUGAAGGUUAUAGAGAAUCCAGUUAAAACCUGCGACAAGGUGUACGCUCUCAUCCAGAGUCUCACAUCACAAAUACGCAAGAGGCUAGAGGAUCCAAAGUCGGCAGACCUGCAGCUUUACCACAGCGAGACACUGGAGCUGAUGCUGCAGCGCUGGUCCAAACUGGAGCGAGACUUCCGUAUGAAGAAUGGGCGCUACGACAUCAGCAAGAUCCCAGACAUCUACGACUGUAUCAAAUACGACUCGCAGCACAACGCUUCGCUAGGACUGGAGGACACGCUGGAGCUGUUCAGACUGUCCCGUGCCCUGGCUGACAUAGUCAUACCACAGGAGUAUGGCAUCACCAAGGCAGAGAAACUUGACAUCGCUCAGGCUUACUGCGUCCCUCUGAUGAAGAAAAUCCAGCUGGACCUGCAGAGGACCCAUGAGGAUGAGGCCGUCAACAAGCUGCACCCCCUGUAUUCUCGGGGUGUAAUGUCUCCUGGUCGCCACGUCCGCACACGUCUCUACUUCACCAGUGAGAGCCACGUCCACUCGCUCCUCAGCAUCUUCCGCUACGGAGGCCUGCUAGAUGAGGAGAAAGACCAGCAGUGGAAACAGGCAAUGGAUUAUCUGAGUGCUGUAUCUGAACUCAACUACAUGACACAGAUCGUCAUUAUGCUUUAUGAGGACAAUAAUAAGGAUCCUUCCUCAGAGGAGCGUUUCCAUGUUGAGCUUCACUUCAGUCCUGGGGUCAAAGGCUGUGAAGAUGAGGAGAACGUACCUCUUGGCUUCGGCUUCCGCCCAGCCUCAUCCGAGAAUGAAGACAAAAAGCCCAACCAGGGCAGCUUGGAGGACCUCUGCCAGGACCAGACAGACCAAGCUAUUCAUGUUUCUGAACCAAUCAACAUCCAGAGAAGGUCCCCGAUGAUCCGCAACCGCAAAACAGGCUCCAUGGAGGUCCUCUCUGAGACCUCUCCCACCCAGUCCUCCAAAGGCAGCACCUCCCACCGACUCUUCCCCUCCGUGUCCCGCCAGUCUCCUGAGAUCAAACCAGCCAGUGGCCUAGGUGGGCACCUCCUUCCUGGCUCGCUCUGCUCUGGGCUCUUCAGUGCCUCCGCCCUUGGGGUGUCCUGUAGUGCCCCCAACCUGCGGGACUACGUCCGCACACACCACCACCAUCACCGAAAACCACCUCUGUCCCCCGGCAGCCUGCCCUGCCAGAUUGGCAUGUUUGAGCUGUUCUCUAUGCCGCCCGUAAAGAGAUUUUCUGUGUCGUUUGCCAGGCAUCCGACCAAUGGGUUUGAAGGCUGCUCCAUGGUACCCUCAAUCUACCCGCUGGAGACGCUGCACAACUUGCUGUCCCUGAAGCAGGUGGACGAGUUCCUCAACACAGUGUGUGAGAGCAGCAGUGAGGCCCACGCCAAAACUAUGAAAGCUCUCUCCAGCCUGUUUGACUCUCAGAGCCAGACGUCUCUGUACAGCCCUCAGCAGCCUCUGUCUUCAUCUGGAUCUGAAACAUCUCUGAGACCGCCGAGCCAGCCUCUGUGGCAUGGCAGCAUCCCCUCCAGUGCAGUCUCCAGUGCCGGCCCCUCCUCUCCGAUCACAGAGAGCUCCGGCCUGAACUUCAGCUUCAAUUGGAGUGUGUAAUUAGGUCCUGGUACUGAGGCUGAUUGGCUGCUGCAGAGAUUGCUGCCACCUGAGAGACUCCAGCAAGUCUACAAAUACCUGCUGCUGCAGCCUGCUCUUCCUCUUCUGCUCCAGCCACUUCCAACAAAGCAGCCUGUGUAUUGUUUGAGAGUUAAGUGAGUAUUUAGGAAAGUAAAAGUCGUGUGUGUUAACUCGAUCAGUUUGUUGUUAAGCCCAAACUGAACACCUUGUGUUACCUUUAAGAUUUCAGACUUCCAACUGUAGUUUGCCAAGUGCUAGAUUGUGGUUAAAGGCAGAACAUUUUGUUACCUGCUUAAACUGUUUACGCUAAACCACACUUUGUGUUAACUAAGAUUUGAAUAUCCCAGUUUGGUAAAAAGGGGGGAAUUAGAACUUUUGUGUUACUUGGGGGAAUCUUUUGUUGUGUGGUUAUUUUUGCUUUGUGCUAGAAAAUAAACCACAGUUUAACUUUUGAGAAACUGUGCAGCUGGCUUUCUUGGGAGUGGAUGGAGUCUGGGGCAAAAUCACGUUAUGUCUAGGUUCCUCUAGACCGGGGACGUAACAUGUGAAAAUGUUUUGGUUAAUGUAAAUUUGUUACAAGCUUUGGAAAAGUGUUUCAGACUCUGUAAAUUUAUAUUGCACUUCCAUGCCGCUGUAGGAAAGAGCAUAUGCUCUUUUGAUCGGUUCACAAACACUCAUUAAUGUUUACAAGGGAGUUAAUUUGAUCAUGUGCACCAGAGCUCCAGGCUAGUUUUUCCAUUGCUAUCCCUGAACUGUCCUUAAACAUUUUUAGCCAUGCUGAGGUGCCUCUAAAUCACUGCCCCUUAAUGUAGCUUCUUUACUGGGUUGUGCCACUCCAAUGACCAUUAUGAUAUUUAAUAGGGAUGGCCAUACAGUUGGUCUAUCUAUGACCCACUCUGACUGAAUCUCAGUCACCAAAUUUUGCUGUUUGUUCUCAUGAAAUCAUUAUGUGUGAGGGAAUCUUGACUAUUCUUUCAUCUUUCAUAUAUUUUAGGUAUAUUUCCACGCAGUUGAAUGAUGUGAUCUUAGGAGCGUUUUCACAUUAGGCACAAUUGUGUCAUACCAUGCAUGAGCAUGAUUGCUCCUCCUUCCUUUCUGCUCCAUUGGUCUGCAGUAGGUGGCAGUAUGUACAUUAGGUUUGCAAACCUGCCAAGAAGAAAAAAGAAGAGGCAACCAUUCUCACCUGUAAUUGUUAAUGCCCCAUCCUGCAGGGAACUUUGACUUUUUUUAUUUUCAAGAUGCCGAUAACGACCCUCUUCCUAUUUCCACAUCUACCGUAGAGCUAGGAGGAUGAAAUAGACCCAUGCUGCACUGAUAUGACAGGAAACAUUUACAAUUUACUUUAUAAGUCUCUUAAUGGGUCAGGUUGUGUCUACAACUCCCAUGCUCCCUACCCAGUUCAUCUGAUCUGUCUUGGACCACCUCAAAUGAAAGUGCCCAUAACGACCCCUAACUACCAUGAAGAUUUGCCACUGUCAUGAUUAACUUUUAAUUUUCUAAACACAAAUCCUAAAACAUGCUACAUAAAUCCCCUUUGCAAGCUCUCUUCCCAGGGAAGAUUUAAGUUCAUCCUAAACACAUCAUUCUGCAUCAUCAGGGGGACAAUGGGACAUCCUUAGUCUCGAGCCCUGGUGUGCACAUUAUAAUCUGGCCUUUAGUUCAUAAAUAAACUUCCCUCACAGGAGGGUGCAUUUGUGUAACUUGUGCGUUCCCAGCUUUUUAAUAAACACCCUGCAUCAGACUCUUCCCCAGUGGGAUAAAAAGCUUUGUCUGCCUUUUACAGUGAAUAAUGGGAGAAUAUUAUGUUUAGAAAAAUAAUUACAUUCAGAAGUGACAGUGAGAGUCUUGGAUUUAAAGCUAAAGGAGGGUCAGGAAGAGCCGAAGGACAUGGAGACAUGGUGCAACCAUGUUUUUAGUUUAGCUCAGUUAUAGGGGAGAAUAAAAUUAAGUUAAAGUGUGCAGUCAGAUAUUCCCCCUCCUGUCCAUCAAUCCCUCAGACAAAGUCUACAAAUCUCAGCCUCCCACUCUGUCUGCCAAGCCUGUCCCUUAGCUUCAAAUCAAAAACAAAACUAAAAUAGCAACAAUAUUGGGAGAAGCAUAUCUCUUAUUUUUACCAAAGUUGUCAUUAUUUAGGAGAAAAGUAAACCUGAAUGGAUUGCACUAAGAAUAUCAUUUAAAAGCUGAUGAGAAAGAUAAACUUGGCCAUCUUUGUAAGGUUAACAGUGUGCAUGAGCGUCUCUUUGCUCCUUCUGUGACCUAACAAAAAUACCUUUCACGCUUCACCCACAUUAAACUCACAAACAUCAGAAAUACCCCACAGAAAUUCCUACUCUUAACUGUUUCCUGUGCAAUCAUAACCAUUACAUUCAUGCUCAUUUACUCAUAUUACUCUGGGAUUAAGAUUAAAUAAAUGCUUGGUAAGAGAAUGUCUCUUGCUCAAUUUGAAGGAAGGUUUCAUACAUUUUCAGUAUAUAUAUAUAUAUAUAUUUUUAUACAAGUUGUUCUGUGCUGCUACUCUUACUCUCAGCAACAAGCAAAAAUCCAACUUUCAAACUCUCACACCUCUUUCAAGUACAUUCCUGUUUGGUGCAAUACUUUGCUUGAAGACAUUCAUAUUGGUUUGUUUCAGACUUGGAAUUUAUGCUUUAUUGGAUUAUAGCGCUCUGUAUCGUUGUACUGUUUCCGAUUGUUGUGGUUGUAGAGAAGGUUUGUGCGUGUACUGUCUUGGUCCUCUGUUUCAAAGUCGUUCAUUUGGUUUCCUUUAUUUACCCUGCUCUGCUUUAAAAUGGCUGACAUGUCCUUUAAACAUCGUUCUCUCUAUAAAACCACAAGCUAAAGGCACGUGAAAGAAGCCUCCUGUUACAUACUCCAAAUAUAUACUUGUAUAUAUUUUCAUGUCCUGAAAAACAGCCCCUUCGAUGAAUAAAAAUAUUGCAUUUCACACUAAUGUUCCCUCAAAGGGAACAAGCAGUCAAGCUUCCAUUGCUACAUUUGUCACAGAUCACUGCUUGGUUUAUCCAUCACUUUAUGAUAUCGACAGACGGUAAAAUGUAGCUGAACAGUUGACAGAAUUUAACCCCUUCUUCUCAAAAACAUUUGCCUCAGGAUUGCUGUGUCAUGAUGAGAUAUAAUCUUUCAACAAAACCUUUGUAUUGAUGUAGAAACAUUGACCCUAUAGGUAUACUGGAGUACAUACAACCAACAAAGACCAUGAAAAGACUUAAAGAGGAACCGUUACAUCCAGCAGAGAUAUGAUUAUUGUGCAAACAUCGUCCCUUUGCCUGGCGCCUAUUUAAUUCACUUAGGAGCAUAGACAGCCAAACAGUGUUGUAACCUAUCUGCACUAAACUGCAUUCCACACUUGUAGGCCGGCUAAAGAAAGGAUUAACCCUAUGCAGUUCUGACACAGUCGGAGCUAAAUUGCAAGCAUCAUGCACCAGCAAAGCUGUGAAAGCCGAAAGAGAGAUUUCAAAUGGUGGCGACUUCAGGCACCCCCCUAAAACUUCAUCACAAAAUGACAAGAAGAAGGAACAUAUACAUUUUUUUUUACAUUACAUCAAUUUAUGUCUCUAUUGAGAUGUUCCAAAAACUACUGUUGCAUGAGCGGAGCUGCAACGGAUGGGGUUUGCCAAGUGCACGGAUGGGAAAAAAAAAGCUUCAAAUGAAGAAACAUGUCAUGUUAUAAAACACUGUAUUACAAAAUAAAUCACUGACUGAUUCAGGCGGCUUUUAAAGAAUCAUAAGCAUCUUUUUUAACAGUGUUUUGGCACUUGUUUUGGACUUUUGAACGCAGCCUUUGUACGUCAGAUUUGAGUUUUUCUAAAGUGAAGUUGGACUGUGGAGUUUGUAGGUUGAAGAUGGGUACUUGCUUGUUAGAUAUGUGGCAAAAAAAGCCUUUAACAAUGAUUAUUACUUUCAAGCACAUUUGGUGCUAGUGCUGUAUAGGUCAACUCACAGGAAAAAACAAACAUAAAAGCGGGUUAUUUUUGCAAAAUAACCUCACACUGUCACACAGAGCACAAAUCCAGAGUUCUGACUUUGAUUUCAGCUAACAUAAUCUAGUGUAUUGAGGGCUGCAGCAAAUGCGUUUGAGACUGAUACCAUGAGAGAGCAGGAAGCUUUGAAGAAGCAGAGAGUGCUGUUCUCUCUCGCUCUACCUCCAGUGAGGGCAGAUGACAGGGAGGGGGAGGAUGGGAGGGGAGCU